AUGGCCGGCUACCCCUACGGCUCCGGCGGGGGAUACGGCGCCCCGCCGCCGUACGGCUCCUCGCCCGCGUCCUCCGCGCCGCCCUACGGCGAGACGAAGCCCCCCAAGGAAGGCAAGACCUCCUCCUCCUCCUCCGGCUCCGCGCCCCCCUACUACGGCGCGCCGCCCCCCUCCCAGCCCCCCUACGGCGGUGGGGGCGGCUACGGCGCACCACCCCAGCAGUACGGCGGCGGCCCGCCCUACGGCGAGACGAAGCCCCCCAAGGAAGGCAAGACCUCCUCCGGCUCCGCGCCCCCCUACUACGGCGCGCCGCCCCCCUCCCAGCCCCCCUACGGCGGUGGGGGCGGCUACGGCGCCACCCCAGCAGUACGGCGGCGCACCGCCCUACGGCGCCCCACCCCCGCCGUACGGGGGAGGAGGACCUGCAGGGCCGCCGACCGCGACGGCAGCGGCAUAAUCGACGACAAGGAGCUGCAGUCCGCGCUGUCGGGGUACAACCAGAGCUUCAGCCUCCGCACCGUCCACCUCCUCAUGUACCUCUUCACCAACACCAACGUCCGCAAGAUCGGACCCAAGGAAUUUACUUCUGUGUUUUACAGUCUUCAGAACUGGAGAGCAAUAUUUGAGAGGUUUGAUCGUGAUCGAAGUGGUAGGAUUGACACAUCAGAACUGCGUGAUGCUCUUCUCAAUCUGGGAUAUUCUGUCUCUCCAACCGUCCUCGAUCUGCUUGUGUCUAAAUUUGAUAAGACUGGGGGCAAGAGCAAAGCAAUUGAAUAUGAUAACUUCAUUGAAUGCUGCCUCACUGUUAAGGGACUGACUGAGAAGUUCAAGGAGAAGGACACUGCGUACUCUGGGUCGGCAACUUUUACCUACGAGGCCUUCAUGCUGACCGUGCUCCCUUUCCUCAUCGCGUAG